AAAAAAGAAGAGAGGGAGGGAAGAUGGAACAUAUAACAUCUCAGAAAUUAUGUCCAAAGAGGAAAUAUUAUCAGUGGCAAAAAAGAGUAAAGUGGAAAAUCAGGAUGAAAGCUCUUCUGACAACCUGCACCCAGAAGACCUGCAGAAAAAUGGUGACUCAAAUAGUGUCAUUAAGGAUAGAUUGUGUCAAGCUGUACGACACACUGCCAAACAAUCUCUUGAUCCAGUACGAAAAUAUAAUGGACAACCAGUGCCUUUUCAGCAGCCAAAGAUUUUUACUGGUGGUGUAAUGAGGUGGUACCAAGUGGAAGGCAUGGAGUGGCUAAGGAUGCUUUGGGAAAAUGGUAUUAAUGGCAUUUUAGCUGAUGAAAUGGGGUUGGGGAAGACGAUCCAGUGUAUUGCAACAAUAGCCCUGAUGGUGGAGCGAGGAGUCCCUGGUCCAUUCUUAGUAUGUGGUCCUUUGUCUACUCUUCCAAAUUGGAUGUCUGAAUUCAAGAGAUUUACUCCAGAGAUUCCACUGAUGCUCUAUCAUGGAGCUCAGCAGGAGCGUCGGAAACUGGUUCGUAAAAUCCAUGGACGACAAGGAUCACUCCAGAUCCAUCCCGUGGUCAUUACUUCGUUUGAAAUAGCAAUGCGAGACAGAAAUGCCCUGCAGUGCUACUGGAAAUACCUGAUAGUAGAUGAAGGUCACAGGAUUAAAAAUAUGAACUGCCGCCUUAUCAGAGAAUUGAAACGGUUUAAUGCAGACAAUAAACUCCUGUUGACUGGUACUCCCCUGCAAAACAACUUGGCAGAGCUUUGGUCAUUGCUUAACUUCCUGUUGCCAGAUGUGUUUGAUGAUUUGAAAAGCUUUGAAUCCUGGUUUGAUAUUACCAGCAUUACAGAAACUGCUGAAGAUAUUAUUGCUAAAGAAAGGGAGCAAAACAUCUUGCAUAUGCUGCAUCAGAUUCUGACACCUUUCUUACUGAGAAGACUGAAAUCUGAUGUUGCUCUGGAGGUUCCUCCUAAACGAGAAGUUGUGGUAUAUGCACCGCUGGCAAAGAAGCAAGAAACUUUCUAUACUGCCAUUGUAAAUCGCACCAUUAGGAAACUGCUUGGAAAUAAUGAGGAAGAAGUAGUUGAGUUGAGUCCUACAGGCCGACCAAAACGCCGUAGUCGAAAAGUGGUUGAUUAUUGUGAAGAACACAAUGGCUCACCUGAUGACUUGGAAAGAUUGAUCAGCAAAAUGCAAGAGGAAGUAGAAAAAGAGAGGCCAGUGGUAGAAGUGAGCAUUCCCAUGGAUUCCGAGGUGAACCUUAAACUGCAGAAUAUUAUGAUGUUACUGAGGAAGUGUUGUAAUCACCCCUAUCUCAUCGAAUAUCCGUUGGAUCCUGCUACACAACAAUUCAAGGUUGAUGAAGAUCUAGUAAAGAAUUCAGGCAAGUUUCUACUCUUGGACCGAAUGCUUCCAGAACUGAAGAAGAGAGGACAUAAGGUCUUGUUGUUCUCACAAAUGACUAUGAUGCUUGACAUUUUGAUGGAUUACUGUUAUCUGAGAGACUUCAAAUUCAGUCGAUUGGAUGGCUCUAUGUCCUACUCGGAGAGAGAAGAAAAUAUGCAUCAAUUUAACACUGACCCUGAAGUCUUCCUGUUCUUAGUGAGUACAAGAGCUGGAGGCCUGGGCAUUAACUUAACAGCGGCAGACACAGUUAUCAUAUAUGACAGUGACUGGAACCCCCAGUCAGACUUGCAGGCCCAAGACAGGUGUCACAGAAUUGGCCAGACAAAGCCAGUAGUUGUUUAUCGUCUUGUGACAGCAAAUACUAUUGACCAGAAGAUUGUGGAGAGAGCUGCUGCCAAGAGGAAGCUGGAGAAGCUGAUAAUCCACAAAAAUCAGUUUAAAGGUGGCAAAUCUGGCCUAGCACAGUCAAAGAGCUGCCUGGACCCUCAGGAAUUAAUAGAAUUACUGAAAUCCAGAGACUAUGAGAGGGAGGUUAAAGGAUCUAAAGAAAAAGUAAUAAGUGAUAAAGAUCUAGAGUUACUUUUGGAUAGAAGUGAUCUUAUUGAUCAAAUGAAGACCUCUGAAAAAAUGAAAAAGGAAAAAAUGGGUGUCUUCAAAGUCCUGGAAGAGUCAUCAGAGUCCAAUGGAGAAUGUGUAUUUUAAUGUGCAAAUGUGGCCUCUGUGUAGUCUUUCAGAUCUUCCAGAGAUGUCACUUACACCUGAUCCUUGAUGCUGAGUUCCUUUACAGCCUCGUUCAAAUCCCUUGUGUUCUUCCAGUGAAUUUUAACAUGUUCUAGAGUAUAAUGCAGGUGAUAGUUUGUUGUAGCUUUAGUAGACUCGCACAAAGAAAAUGAGCAUAUUUCACACUUACAGCUAGUUCUUGUGCUCAGUGGUAAAACCUGGCAGAUUUGUGUAAAAAAAAAAUCUUCCUGUGGAAGUCCUAAAACACCAUUUGUUUUGGUUUAAAAUAUGGUGUCAAUUGUGGUUGUACUUGGGAGAGAACUUGCGCCUUUGUUCAAGCCAUUUGUGUAGCUUCUGUGUUUAACUUCUGCUAAUUAUUUUGGUUAAAUAAAUAUCUGUUUUGUUCUA